AUGUUCAACGAUUGCAUUCAGAAAAUGCUUAUCUGCGAGACAGGUGGCAAGGAAGUCGGGGAGACGGUCGCUGUUCAUCUUAUAAGUGACGACACAGCUAACCGACAGGUUGUAUGCGAUAUGAUGGAUGGGAGAAAGAGAGCGAUCCGUUUGGAUGCUGCAUUCGGCCCUACUGCAUCACAAGAUGACGUCUAUGAUUCUUCUAUCAGAGACCUUGUACACGCAGUUCUAGAUGGCUACAACUCAUGCAUCUUCGCCUACGGCCCGACAGGCUCCGGGAAGACUUACACAGUAUUCGGUUCUCCCGAGGGCAGCGCUCAUGUCGGACUACACGAGCGGAUUAUGAGAGAUUUAUUCAGUACCAAAGGAGGUCAAGGGGGUCAUCACAUGCUGAUUUCGAUGUCUAUGGUUGAAAUCUACAACGAAUAUAUCUACGAUCUCCUCGCUCCAGAAAAAACUGUCUCUAGAAAAUCUGAACGACGCUCUGAAGGUGCUCACGCUUCUUGCUGCCAAGAUCAUGUGUCUAUGACCCGGCUUCUUCAGGCUUUCCAAGCGGCGGUGGCAACUCGUCGAACAUCAUCGACCAAUAUCAAUUCGCAUAGUUCGAGGAGUCACUGUGUUGUCACGCUGAGAACGAGUCUGCCAUGCCCAUAUACAGCAACUUGUCGUCACGGGAAACUCAAUCUCAUCGAUCUGGCCGGUAGCGAAAAUGUUGGUCGGAGUGGCGCUAAGGGCAGUACAUUAAGGGAAGCCCAGAUGAUCAACAAAUCUCUGAGUACUCUGGUCAGUAUUGUUGGUCUCACUUGUCAGUCGAAAACACAUGUCCCUUAUCGUAAUUCCAAGCUCACCCUCAUGCUCAAGGAUUCGCUGGGUGGCAGCGCCAAAGUACUCAUGAUAGCACACUUAAGUGUAUCGCCUUGCAUCACAGAUGUCUCACAGACUUUGUCAACACUGAAGUUUGCAUCGAAAGAGCGGAUGGUUGAGCUCGGCCCGGCCAACCUGAUCCCUGGAAGUCGCUACUCAAGACUGAAAAGCUAUUUCACAUCGACGCUUUUUCCAAGAACGAAUAGAGACAUGAGGAGGUGGGCCAAGAGAUUAGGGUGCGAGACGAAAGCUAGUAUUAAGAAGAAGAUUAACGACUGGACGAGGCUCAAGGAAUGGAAAUGUCCAGGAGAGGCGAGAGUGGUAUCUAUCAAGAGGCUCAACUGCAGUCAUACGUCGUACAUAAACCCUCACAGCGUUGUCCGAACAUUUGAUUUUGAUCCCGCUGAAUGGGCGGCUAAAUUUUUCGUAACUACGAAUGUUUAUGCCGGCGCUUUCGAUGUUGAUUGCGCCUGCAGUGUAGGAUUCGACCCAUACCAGGAACAGCUAUGUGUUGAAUCAACCUUGUUGAUCCACGCUUCACUCAAGAUUGGUAUGAAAAGCUACUCUUAUUUGGAGCUGAACGGUUGGACAACAGAUCUUUUCAAAUAUGUAGCUCAUAUCAGCAACAAUGGUGGCACUCUACUCGCAAAGUACAACUACAGUAAUUGCCAGCGAACCCGAAGGCUCUUCUGGGUUUCCUCUGACCGUUCGAGACUAUGCUGGAGGAAUCAAAAAGACAUAACCAAGCUCACAUACCGCUCUUAUAUUGUGAACCGUUUUCGAUACAGUCAAACACCGAAAGAUAGUUACUACUACAGGCCACUAAGUGGCAAGGAAGUCGGGGAGACGGUCGCUGUUCAUCUUAUAAGUGACGACACAGUUGUGUGCGAUAUGAUGGGUGGGAGAAAGAGAGCGAUCCGUUUGGAUGCUGCAUUCGGCCCUACUGCAUCACAAGAUGACGUCUAUGAUUCUUCUAUCAAAGACCUUGUACACGCAGUUCUAGAUGGCUACAACUCAUGCAUCUUCGCCUACGGCCCGACAGGCUCCGGGAAGACUUACACAGUAUUCGGUUCUCCCGAGGGCAGUGCUCAUGUCGGACUACACGAGCGGAUUAUGAGAGAUUUAUUCAGCACCAAGGAAGGUCAAGGGGGGCAUCACAUGCUCAUUUCGAUGUCUAUGGUUGAAAUCUACAACGAAUGUAUCUACGAUCUUCUCGCUCCAGGAAAAACUGUCUCUAGAAAAUCUGAACGACGCUCUGAAGGUGCUCACGCUUCUUGCUGCCAAGAUCAUGUGUCUAUGACCCGGCUUCUUCAGGCUUUCCAAGCGGCGGUGGCAACUCGUCGAACAUCAUCGACCAAUAUCAAUUCGCAUAGUUCGAGGAGUCACUGUGUUGUCACGCUGAGAACGAGUCUGCCAUGCCCAUAUACAGCAACUUGUCGUCACGGGAAACUCAAUCUCAUCGAUCUGGCCGGUAGCGAAAAUGUUGGUCGGAGUGGCGCUAAGGGCAGUACAUUAAGGGAAGCCCAGAUGAUCAACAAAUCUCUGAGUACUCUGGGUGACGUGUUGAAUGCUCUCCUGGAUGCACAACAAAAGGAUGGUGGAGGACGUCAGUCGAAAACACAUGUCCCUUAUCGUAAUUCCAAGCUCACCCUCAUGCUCAAGGAUUCGCUGGGUGGCAGCGCCAAAGUACUCAUGAUAGCACACUUAAGUGUAUCGCCUUGCAUCACAGAUGUCUCACAGACUUUGUCAACACUGAAGUUUGCAUCGAAAGAGCGGAUGGUUGAGCUCGGCCCGGCCAACCUGAGAAUCUUCUUAUGUGCAGUACAAGUGAAUGCAUCGCCAAAGAUGCCGCCAGGACCCAUGGAAAACCUAGCAGAGUCUCUCUCAGCUGUAGAUCUCGGAGGCUCCCAUGAACCAUCUCGACUGCUAUCCAAACCAAGAACUCCUCUGAUCCACCAUUAUAUGAAACUACUCCAUAUCCUGCUGAUCCUGACUGCUUCUCUGAUGGAUGACUCGGAGAUUCAUGCGCUCUCAACGAAUGGUCUCAGUCCCGUCCCCGAAGAGUGCCUCCACGGUAUGAGAAGUCCUGGGUUCAUACAGGAAUUGUGCAUUCCUCCGUUCUUAAACGGUAUGAUCGUCCAUGCUGCUACUGAUAGAAUCAAGGAGGAAUCGAUAUUGAUAGGGCUGGAGGUGAGCAAUUCUACUACAUACUUGGUUCAGCUAUAUAAGGUGGACUUCUACGACGAGGAAACCGUUUUUAUGAACGAGCUCCUAGUUCGGCCGGAGAACUACACCAUCCAGACGAUGAUUGUCGAGCCUAAGCAGGAUUACGUUAAUGAUACCAGCCCGAGUUUCAUAGUCAGCGUCCAUAAAUCGUCUCCAGCUAUCUAUCGUGGACCAGGCAUUCGUCUCAGUGAGCCGGGGAACAAUAUUCGUGGGCUUGAUCUCGGUGUGGCGGACAUCCCAUGCAGCGAAAAGUUCAAUUUUACUAUGGAGAUGGGCAAAAAGAAUUUAACACGUUAUUACUAUCGCCACCUUCCAAGGAACAAAACCGCCAAGGCUAUCCUGAUUCAAUAUCAUGGUUGGAGUAGCAGCUGUGAAAAAUGGGAGGAGUAUUCCAAAACCGCCGCUAUAGCGGAUAAGUAUGGCUUCAUGUUGAUAUCUGCGUGCGGCAGCUAUUACGGUUUCUAUUCCAGCUGGUUCCGAAGCACAUCUGGCUGGAAUGCUGGGGUUUGCUGUAUUCGCGACAAUGAUGUUGAUGAUGUUGAAUACACCAAACAGAUCCUCAAGAAUGAGAACAAGAAUAACUUACCGGUUUAUGGCUACGGUUACAGCAACGGUGGCAUGAUGGUCGAGUCUUUGUUGUGCCACAAUGUCUUGGACAAAGCCGUAUCUGUCAAUGCCGUACUGGCAUUGAAACCCGGUCUACAAGGAGCGUUCAAGACAUGCGACACUAUCUAUAGAAAUGAGACCUCGAUUGCACCGAAGGUGGCCAGCGUGCACUGUGCCGACGAUGGGGUGGUGCCAUAG